UAUACGGCGAAAGAAGCGCACACAUCACGCCAGCGGCCAGUCCCACUCUGUACGCUCCUGUUUGGUCACGAGGUUCUCCCACCACUGCAGAGCUGCGCCGAGCGCGGAAGAGAGCGGAGGAGAAGUGGCGGCGAUAGCCGCGAGACUCUCGAGAGAGCUGAAAGAGAGCUGGCGCGCGCGCUCGGUUUCACCAGUUCGCAGUAGUCGCUCGAAGUCGAAGAGACCUCUCCGCUCUCUCCGCUGCUGUUCAGCUCCGUUUCUGCUGUCGCAAGUUCUGCACUCGCUGGAUCCCUUGCGCGUCGAGCUUCGUCGUCAAGCCAGUUCAAGUCGUAACGCUUGCUCCACAGUUCGCAUCGCCAGGAGCGCCGGAUUCCCUUUCUCACGGACGAACGGCAGUUGCGAGAAAUCGAUCAGUCAUGAAUUACAGCGAGAUGGGCGGAACCGUCACCACGGCGGAAAACAACAGAUGCAGCCUGCGCAGGAUCGCUAGGCACGAGGAGCCCGAGUUCAGCAACGCGAGCAUCCUCAACAGCAUGGAGAAGUUCGUGCGCACUGUGAACGAGAUGGAGGAGACGAUUCUCGUGCCCAGCCGUCUGCUGGACCUGGCGGUCGGCGACGCCUCCGACACCAUCUGCCAGAAGGCCGAGGGCAAGCACACCAUCAAGGAGACGCUGCCCAACACCGACCUCUACCGACUCUACAACAUCGUCAACCAGAUGAAGGUCGAGCUGCUCUGGUCGCAGGAGAACCCGGCCGAGAACCUCGCCGACGAGCACCAGGAGCAGGAAGCCCAGCGCGCCAAGGCGCAGGUCGCCGCGAUGGAGCACGCCCGCCUGGGCCACGCGAGGUGUCCCUCGACCACCUCCAUGCAGAGCGUCCAGUCGGCCUCGUCGAUGGUCUCGAGCAGCUCCGCCUCGGACUCGGACUCGGACACCGGCAUCGAGAACGACUCGGGCCUCGAGAGCGAGGAGCCCAGCGACAGACUGGCCAAUCUCGCCGCCGAGAACUUCAAGCGCCACCUGCGCGGACUGCAUCGCAGCAUCAGCCGCAUGACCGAGGCCGCCGAGUACCUCACGCUCAGAUAUCAGGCCGACGUCGGCGGGCAAGUCUGAUCCGCGUCGCCCCUCGUUGCCGCUGCCGCUGCUGCUCGCACCGACCGCGGCUGUCCAAAGGCGUGAACGCUCGCGAGCGAGGGAGAAUCGUCUUCUCUACGCCGUAUCUCCGCAGCCGCCUCCCGUAAUUCGUCGGCGAUGACCUCCGAGAGCUGCGCGCGGCCGCUCAUUCGGUGACCUGCACGCGAGGAGACCAAGACGAGACGAGCCUCUUCCUCCCCCGAAGCGCCCCUCUCCGCACUCCACACACAUAUAGCUCUCUGCACUCUUUGAUGCGCGUCUCUUUCUACAUCAUCUGUAUGUGCGAGCAUAUUUCCUUUUUCGUUUUAAUCCAGCUGUACACUCAGUUUCUUGUGACACUGCAUUCAUUCUACCUACGUUUUCGCUUUUAUUCGGAUUCCAUAAGCUGUAGAUUUUACAUGGCUAAUCCAAAACCGUUUCACGUUCCGACCUCCGAGGGCUGCAGCAGCGCGAGGUUCGGUAUUUGGCAUAAUAAUAAGAGUAACGAUAAUGUCACAAGUUAUUGUGCUUUCGUACGCGUUGUUUUUCGAUGCUCGCGCUUUCGGAGGUCAGUCCAGUCAGGUCGAAUCGCUAUCUCAUUCGCUGGUGGUAAUCUUGCGCUCGAGGGGGCAAAACGCACGCCGCUCUUUCACAAGCUCGCUCUUGCGAUAAACCGACACGUCUCGUGCAAUUCUCGCCAAGGCCGAUUACGCGAGAGAGCCCCGCGAAAGAGAAAAUAAAAAAAUUUAAACUACGAGGAGAGUGCAAUGUUUGUGCCACAUGUUUAUACUAUAUUAUAUCGCAGUGAUAGCGCGCUUUUUGUGCUGAUGUACACUUGGUAAGAGAAUUUCUGUAUGUGCGUGUGCUUGCGUUUUUUCCUGCGUGUGCGCGAACGAACGAUCGACUAUGUUGGGAGGCAAAGUAGAGCAAGUAAAAAAAAAACAAAAUUUCUGUGUAAAAGUAAGGAAAAAAAGAGGGACUACGGAGGCGGUGCGUCGAUUUCGUUGUUGCAUCGGAAGCGCGAUUAAAUGUAUAUAGGAGAUAACCGAUGUGCGAUCAAUUUUCCGGUAUAACAAAAAAAAAAAAAAAAAAAAAAAUAGGAGACGGUAAUCUGUUAAUAGCGAAUGAGUGCGUUGGCUUUUUAUUCCAAGUAUUUUUUUUUUCUUUUUACGUUGUAUUUUUUUUAUCGUACGGAGUUGCGCGAUGAUGAUGGGAUGAUCGAUAUACGGAUUCUCGAUCAGUCAAUUCCUCGCAGGGCUGUUGAUGAAAUCGGGGAUUUAAUGUUCUGUACAUAGACUUAGUCUCCGCAAUUAUUUAUUUUCUUCGUUAUUUUCUACUUUUAAUUCAAAUGUAAUUUAUAUAUAACAUAAGCCGAGAGAGCUACGCUCUACAAUGCGAACUUGCGUGUGUCGUAAUCUUUUGUAUGGAAAUAAAACACAAAUAAAGACGUUUAAUUAUCCCAGAAUAUUAUUCAUGAGCUGUUGUUACGAUUGCAUAUUCGGAAUUCUUUUGCACUAUCUGAAUUGAAAAAGUGCUCGGAAGCGACGUCGACUGAAUUAGACCGUUAAUUGUGAGUGACAAAAAGAUUACAGCACAGGCAGACACUAUAGCGCAACGACUGCAAAUCAAGAAAAUAUUUAAUAUGAAACGUAAUACUGGCUUAACAUGACACUGCAAACUUCUAUACUCUCUUUCCGUGUGUAUAUAAUUUGUAAAUAAGUUAUAUGAAUUCACAGUAAAAAUCAAUAGCAAGUGAAGAAAAUCCUUAAUGCCUUUUGAAAAGCAGUAAAAGCAUUAGCCAUAUUUCGCGCCGCUGAUGCUUAAUUCAAAAGUAAAUCUUGUUAAGCAGUACAAAAGUGCGAAUACCAUGAGAAUGAAUUAAAUGCGACUAAAUUUUGCUUUGCCGUUCAGUCUGUUGAAUGUUUAUCGUAAUAGAUGAAACGUUUCAAAUCAUUAUUCAUUGAAAUUGUUGACUCUAAACAAGACUAAUAUAUUUUUAGUAUUGGAUCUCGAAUUUAUUAUAAUUAUUCAAAUUCAGUUCGCGUUGAUUAUAUUUAGGCCUGAUAAGAAGAAAUUAAAGAUAUUCGCAGAUAUUAGAAGAAUAAAUAUUUGCGUAUUCGAGGAUCGAUUGAUAAAGAUGAGAGUCCUCGUUAAAAGUAGUUCUUUUUUUACGUAAUUUGUAUAUUUUAUAAAUUUACGUCGUUUCUUUAUUACGAACAAACAAAAAGCGAAGAAAAAAGUAGGACGUAUAGAAAAUUGUAGAAUUAGAAAAAAAAGAUGUGCAUUCCAUGUAGAAGCGAUGACGCGAUAUGAAUUGACACUGGGCGACAAACGGUAAUUAACCUUUUAUAAAAGAAAAAAAUUAACUGUUCUUGUUACUGCGUGGACUACGAUAAAAAAAUGAGAUAAUUCGUUCCGAACAUAAAUGAUUUUCAAAAGAGUAGAAUAAAAGAAUAGAAUCUAGUCCAAAUCUACUGCGGAACAAUGUCUAAAUUUAAAUUUAGUUCCCAAGUAUGUACCCAACUAGUAAUAAAAUACAAACGAGUGUCCUUAGUUUUACAUGUUUUGAUGAACUACGCCAUAACAAUGGCUAACAUUUUUUGUUAAAGCGAUGGCAUUUCAUAAUGUGACAAAAAGGUAAUUUUCACUUGCGUCACGUCAAUUGUACAACCAUUUAAUAGUGAUAAUAAAUUUUCAUCGGUUCUUUUCAAA